AUGGCUUCCAGUCAAGCCCCAGGCUCAUCUGCGCCUUCUUCCAAUAUCAACUCUCCUAUCCUCCCGCCGGCGCCUGCAAGUAAUCUGUCUGCGCAGGGCGAUACUGCUCGAGGAAAACGGAACAAACGUGAUAGUCGCAAGAAGCGAGAAGCAAAAGGCCUAGACCCCGAGAGCGCACCACCUCCAAAGAAACGCGCAACCGCUGCUGCAAGCACUGCCCGUCCCAGCUCAGAUCUCUCCAUCCUUCGUCCAUUACUGUUAGCCGAGCCACGCACCUCAGAUCGAUACCCCCCACAGCCUCGACAAUUCAAUCUGGUGACCAGAAAGACCGACAUUCUCGGCCAGAGCUGGGAUUUCUACGAAGUCGUCGAUAAGCUCACCAACAAGAACGGCUUCCGUUAUUCUUAUGCCAUUGGGGACCCGGGUUUCCCCCAUAUCAAAUAUCGGCAAACAGAUGUUCAGCCUUACCAUGCUCGAUUCAGUUUUGAAGAUUCUCCGGCAGCGAUAUCCUUCUCUCAAGACGCUAAAGCAGUCACUACCAGCGAUGCGUGGCAUACAGCUCGAGCGAACGUCUGUGCUAGAGAAGGCUCAUACUACUAUGAAGCGCGAGUCAUCAGCGGCAAAAUCAAUAAUGUCCAAGCAGCCCCCCAGAAAGGUGGCCCUGGCGCAUCGCCCCGCGGGCAUGUCCGUCUUGGAUUUGCUCGGCGUGAGGCUGACCUCGAUGUCAAUGUUGGGGUUGACUGCUAUGGAUAUGGUAUCCGUGAUGUAAACGGAGAAGUCGUCAACCGUAUGCGCUGCGAGUUCUUCUUCCCUAAGGGCGAAGCUAUCAACGAAGGCGAUGUCAUCGGCAUGCUUAUCACCCUGCCUCCUUUGUCUCUACACAAAAAGAUCGUCGAAGGCACGUAUGACCCCGCGGUCGAUGGUGAUGGCUCAACUCCCUCGUCACACACACCUACCGCUGCCAAUAUCAUUCGAGAUCGCAUCCCGUUCCAUUACAAAUCAGAUUUUUGUUGGCAACAGUCCAACGUAUUUUCUACUAAACAUCUUCGCGACUACGCCUUUAACUUGAAAGAAACCCCAACCUUCGGUCCUCCCUCUCCGAUGAAUGGUGAAGACGCCUCCCUCCGCACAUUACCGGGCUCAAGCAUCACUAUUUUCAAAAAUGGCGUCAAGAUGGGCACUCCGUUCAAGGAGCUGUACGCUUUCCUACCACCCGCAAGUCGUCUCGCCAAUGGAACUAAUAACCUUGGUAUUGGCGAACGUGAAAACGCCGAUGACGGCAUGGUCGGCUACUAUCCUGCGGUCAGCUGUUACGGCGGCGGUGCAGUCGAAUGCCGCUUUGAAGCACCAUGGUGGGUUGGCCCACCCGAACACAACGAAUACGGCGACCCAGUCCGGCCUAUUGGGGACCGCUUCAAUGACCAGAUUGUCGAAGACGUGGUCGCCGAUAUCGUGGACGAGGUCGAGGCCAUGUUCACCUGGGGCGGCGUUGACGGCGAUGUCAUUGGCAACAAUGACACCACCGAGCUGGAUGGCCCUGCCACCGGCGCCGUUGGGGGCUCGGACGUUCUCCAGGGUGGUGUUGGCGCGGCCUUGGACUCAGCUGUUUCGGCCACGUCCGGGCCUGGCGCCUCUGAUUCGGCUGCGAACAGUAACCGGGCGACGCCGGCUAUCAACCGGGAAACUGUCACCGCCGCAAAUCCACCCCCCGAGGAUGCAAUGAGUGUUGGCACGGCUGGCACGCCAAGUCACGUUCAGGAUGCCCCGUCAAUUGCAGCUGACGAGGAUGUUGAAAUGACGUGA